AUGUAUCAAUGGUCAGAUUAUGGCUCAGAUCUAAAUUUUACGCAAGUAUAUGCAACACGAUCAGCACCAGAUCAACUAUCUAGUCUUCGGCAAUAUCUGGAAACAAAUUCCGAUAUACACUAUGAUAGUACUCUUUCAAUACCUUUUUAUUUGGGCUUGACUACAAAAGAAAAUGUUGAGUGGUUACGUGAUUAUAUUUCAGAAACCUAUUCUAAUUUGUUUGAGGAAUUUCAUGCACAAGUUUCCAAAUUAUCUAAUAAAAAUUUAAUAGAAAAAGAAUUAUUAAUACAUCCGGAAGGAUGGAAAGUAUCACCGCAAAUAUCUCAGGCAAUAGCUUUGCAACUAAGGUUGUCACAAAGCAAUUGUCAAAAUAUUACAAAACGUCUCCAUUGUUUUCAAAAAAAAGUUGAACAAUUGCAAGAACAAUUACAAGAAAAUUCUGAUUGUUCUGACAAUUCUAACGACGAUUCUGAUGCAUAA